CAAAGCCGAACCUCAUAUCUAUGGACGUUAUUACAUUCAUCCUGAUAGUCCACAAACCGGUGCACAAUGGAUGAAACAAACCAUUCUUUUUAAUAAAGUUAAAAUAACAAAUAAUCCGAUGCAAAAUUCUAAUCAAAUUCUUAUAAAUUCAAUGCAUCGAUAUAUACUACGUUUACAUAUUGUUCAAGCAUCAGAUGAUUAUUCAAUACGAACAGGCCCCUUAAGUACAUUUGUUUUUGAUGAAACUAUUUUUAUUGCUGUUACUGCUUAUCAAAAUGAUCAGAUAAAAAACUUAAAAAUAGAUAAUAAUCCAUUUGCAAAAGGUUUUCGUGAACCAACACAUGGGAAAAAAAAUACUUCAAAAUCUCUCAAACGUCUUCAAUCAACUUCUUCAUUAAAUAAAUCAAUAAAAUAUGAUGAAAAACAACAACGUCUAUAUAAAAAUGAUUCUUCAUUAUUAUCUUCAAAUUCAUAUUCGCCACCAUUACAUAGUACUGUUGCUGAUUCGACAACAUCAUCAUAUAUAAAUAAUAGUAUUGAUAAUCAAGAACAAAACAGUGAUACAACAAUUUUGAAUUUUCCUUCAAUAUAUCAUCGUCAAUUUCCGUACAAUUCUUAUCCAAAUGAUUCAUCAUCUAUGAUCUACAAUCCAACAUAUUCAUAUAUGGGACCAACAUCUGGAUCAUCAAUGAAUUUUUCUUCCUAUGGAUAUUAUCCAACUUCAGUUUAUUCAACAAAUAAUUAUAAUACACCAUUUUUUUGA